ACAUCCUCGGGGAUCGAGGUGGAGGCGUCCGACCUGAGCCUGAGCCUGACGGGCGACGACGCCGGGGCCGCGCGGGGCCGGGCCAGCGACAGCGACAGCUCGGGCGACAAGGACAGCGACAGCAUGGACGACACCGGCCACUACUCCAUCCCGGAGGAGCCGCGCCCCGACGAGGAUGACGACGACGACGACGACGACGAGGAGCCGCGGGCCCGGCGCCGGGGGCCCCGCAAGCGGCCGCCGCACGAGCGCGACUCGUCGGACGAGGAGCAGGCGCUGGAGGACUGGGUGGCCUCGGAGACGUGGGCGCUGCCUCGGCCGCGCUGGAGGGCGAUCCCGGCGCUGCGGCAGCGCCAGCUGGGCGGCUGCUCGCGUUUCGUGGCUCAGGCGUGCGGAGCCCGGCUGUUUGUGCAGAAAUUCCGGCUGCAGCACGGGCUGGAGGGUCACACGGGCUGCGUYAACACGCUGCAUUUCAACCAGCGCGGCACGCGGCUGGCCAGCGGCAGCGACGACCUCAAGGUGCUGGUGUGGGACUGGCUGAGGCGCCGGCCCGUGCUGCAGUUCGACAGCGGCCACAAGAGCAACGUCUUCCAGGUGCGUUUGGGAGGGGUCUGGGGGA